UCAUUAGGCUGGAAUUUCUCAGGACCGAUAUAAGUCCGGCGUCUGAGCCGGGGAGAGCACGGUACAGACGCAGUCCACGCUUCUGAACAUUCUCUCAGUGAGGUCUUGCUUUCUCAGCCUGCAAACAUGAAGCUGUUUCUGUGUGUGGCCUUCCUGGCCUCAGCUGCCUGCGUGACUUCAGCAAAGAAACUGCUGGUGGUUGGAGGUUUGAAUGGUGGUGUUGUUGGUCUGAACCCCGGCCUGCUCGGUCUGAACGGAGGACUGUUGAAUCCCGGGCUGGUGGUUGGAGGUGUGAAUCCAGCGCUGAUUGGAGGUGGUGGAGCGUUCAUCGGUCAGCCACCCAUUGGUCAAAUGUUUCCUGCGAUCCCUCCAUACAUGCUCCAGCCUCAGUUCGGAAUGCCCAACGCUCCGGCUCAGCUCCCUCAGCAGUUCCCCUUCCAGCCUUACGGGGGAAUGCCCUUCAUGCCCCCUGUGAAUCGCCAGGUUGUGCCUCAGCAGCAGGCAGCGGGCCAAAUGAACCCGGGGGGAAACGGGCAGCAGCCGCAGGGGGACAUGCCCUCCGGCCCAGCGCCACGCUUCAGGCGUGCUCUCCGGUGGAGAACGCAGGACAAUUCAGUCGCUCAGGCCAGCGCGAGCCCGACUACACCUGAGCAGCCUGAUGAGUGAAUCCUCCCGACUUUACUGCACAGUUACACGUCUGAGGCUUGACUCGGAGCAGCUCCUUAUUUCUUUUUGGGGAAUGAUAAUUAGAUGAUAAAAUAUAGAAAUUGUAGAAAUAAGAUUAGUAUUCAAUUACAAAUUUGAAAAAGCUCAAUAGUUCAUUCUUGACUUUGAUUUGCUCACUAAUAAAAUUAUUCAUGCAUGCUAAGACAAAUU